CUCCCUUGACAUGCCAUGCCUCUGGACUGCAACGGCAAUUCGUUCUUAGAAGGUUUGAGCUUCUACGGAUGAACAAUGAGCAGAUCUCAAUUUCCACGUUAUACUGAUGGCGAUGUCAUCAUCACGCUCGCUGAAGUCCACACUUAUCAACUUCAUUCAAGUGUUUUACGACGCUGUUCUGCGCACUUCCGCCGUUUACUCAUCGAAGAGAAAGCCACGAAGCCUGAUGAAACAGCAAGAGAGUCUGGUGUAUAUGUACGAUAUCAACUUGAGCUGGCAGAUUACGAACUUGAUGGAGUCGGCUGGGUGGUCAUAAAGUCAACAGACUCAAUGAAUAAUGGCACGAGCCCAACAGCCGAUUCACGUCCAGAAGCACCAAGGCUAGCUUUGCACCGGUUUACGCACUACGAUAACUUAUUCCGUACAUUCUACCAUAUAAAACCGGCUCUCGAUGAAACAAACCUCAUACUGACUAUAAGAGACUCAAUGGGCCUCAUGGAGCUUGCGGAACGGUUGGGGUCUAUUUCAGCCAUUACGGAAUGUAUUGAGAAUGCUCUGCUUGAUCAUGGCCAGCCGCUUUUUCAGUCUAUCGCCGUAAAUACCAUGGCGUGGUUGGACCUUGCAUAUCGUCUACAGUCUGCGACCAUCAUGAAGGAAUCGCUUAUCCAUGUAAUCGGACAGUGGAACUCUCUCACGUCAGAAACCAAAAGCCAAAUGAAGCCAGACGUGUUUGGAGUUUGCGAGAAAAAGUACCAUGAGCUCAACGAGAAAAAGCGGGAAAUUGAUUCAGAAAUUCUCUGUCACUAUACACCGGAAUGCUUUGCGCCUGGACAAUCCAAUAUAUCUCCGAAUUAUCGGGUGCUUGAUAGCACAAAAAUAUGUGGUUGGAUGACCGUGGCGAUAUUUCGAGAAACGUAUGGUCGGGCCAUAAAUGAUGGUCUAAACUUUCGAGCCGAAGAUGGCGGAGCCAAGCUCUAUCGCCAGAUUGCAAGUUGUGAUGACCUUGUGACUCAGCCGGCCGCGAAACGAUUUUGCGAGCAGUUUCAGUUGACUGAGGAAAGAGACUGCAUCGAGAUUCAGCUAUUUAAGCUAAAAUUGCGUCUCAAGCAGCUUGUGCAGCCGCUCUUGGUCAAUCGCUCUCUGUUGGAUGUGAAGGUGCAACCACUAAAAUAUUUGACCUGUGUCCAAAUUAGAACAGAUGACCUUAAGUUCUUGACCGAGAGAAGAAAUCUUGAGAGCAGAGGAUAG